UUGCACUGGAUAUCUUCACAAAUAGGGUUAACAAUUUAAUUUCUAAAGCACAGUGCAAUUCCAAUAGUUAAAAAAUUUGCUAGAGUCAAGUUGCUAGAAAUCCCAAUUAUUUCAAAACCCUGAAACCCAAAAGGAACUGGGGCUUCUCUGAAACAUUACCCUUAUCAUUUUACAACAUGGAUUUCGUUAUAUGGUGUUUAUAACUCUGAUUCAUUCCCAUUCCAUUUGCAAUUUCCCAGAAUUCCUAUUUUCAGCAACAGUUCCAAUUAAGUUUCCACAACUCAAUUGUGCCCCAAAGUCGGGUGAAAAAAUUGGGAUCUCAAGGGAGGACAUUAAAACUUAAACUGAAUUCAAAGUGGUUUAUUAAAUUUCACUGGACUUGCAAAUUCAGAUAAUCAUCGUUUUUCCUGAAGCCACAUAGCCGAACAAAAACUGAAUUUAAGGGAAGGGAUCCAACAGAGCCUUGCACAGCAAUUAGUCUCCCUCCCUCCACUCCAUGUUUGAUGAAGAGAGAAAGAAAAUAGGAAACAUUAGAGGUGAGCUCGUGAUCCGGCGCAACCCAGCAGGAAACUUUUCAGAUACAGAGCGUUUUUCCGGCCAAAAUCCCCAGGAAAUGGGUUUGUGGACACUCUUGGAGGGUUGUCUGCUACUUGCAAAUGCACUUGCUAUAUUAAAUGAGGACCGCUUCCUUGCACCUAGAGGAUGGAGUUUCCAGGAAUACUCAGGAGUCAGGAGAAAUUCGUUCAAAGGGCAGAUUAUCGGUCUCAUUUAUGCAACCCAGUACUUGAGAGUUCUUCUUAUAAUCCUCAACGCCCUUUGUAUUGUUGUAAAGCUGGUGUCUGGAUGA